CAAACAAGAACUGAAAGGAAAUAAGUUUGUUUAUUUACAAACUUUUAAAGCCGUGUUGGUUUAGUAUUUGUAAUUUACUAUUUAAAAGGAUUGUAUUAUCAAAAUAAAAUCUAUAUAAAAUGAAUUUUCUUCCUGGAAUGUCAAAUUAUGCUACUCGCAUGACUCGUCUCAGUGCUAGGAUAUUUGGAGAGGUUGCUCGUCCAACAAAUAACAAAUCGAUGAAAGUUGUUCGUAUUUUAAGUGCAAGACCAAAAGAUUUAGACCCUUAUUAUGUUGAUCAUUAUCCCCCGCACCCCCAAUAUUCACAACUGAUAGCUAUUCUUCGUGAACAUGGACUUUUUAGAGAUGAGCAUUUGGAUUUCAAAGAAGAAAUGGUGCGACAGAAGAUUUUGAGAGGAAAAGUAAAACCUAAGCCAGGACAAGGAAAAAGGGCUAAAGCAAGAGAAGUUGCAUGAAAGACCUUUUUACAGUAAACAUUGUGAAGAUAUUUUGGCAGUGAAAAUUUUAUUUAUCAAGUAGUUCAUCAAAAAGAAAAAAAAGCACUCUUCUCAAAAGAGACAAUGUAUAUUUUGCAUCAUAUAAUUUAUUCUAUGUUGAAAUAAAAUAAAUUUCAUAAACAUA